AUGGCCAUCCGUCGUUCGAAUACCGCACCUCAGGCUUUCGAAUUUCAAGUUCGACCUGGUCUAGCCAGGGCAAAAUCUACCGUAGAUGGCUUCAUUCCCCGCUUAGAUCAAACAUCGGUAGCCGCAUCAUCCCACCACGCCUUCGUGGCGACGGCGGCCUCCCCGCUUGCAUCCCCGCGUGAUAGAAAGGACCCAUUCAGUCUUACGGGGUUUUUUCCCGUCUCAUACGAGGGGGAAAAUUGGGAAUGGUUACGACAAGAGCAAACAUUUGAACCUGCUGAGGAUGAAGUACAAUCGGAGGGCUCGGUACGCGUCGUGGCUGAGGAUGAGAUAGAGGAGACAAUCAAAGGAGAGGAUAAAAUGGGCGUGUUAUCA